AACAAAGGCACCAAAUUAACACAUCAUCUACCACCACACUACCUCUAUAUAACAAUGAGAUUGCUACUCAACACCAUCAUCUCAUUCAUAAGUAGGCUUCAUGUGAGUUUCAUAUCAUAGCAUCAUCUCAUUUUGAAUAUACAUGCCAUUGCUCACUAUUGUUUAGACCAAAUUGCACUUAAACUAUACACACUUACACUUCACACACAAACACAAACAUGUCUUUGUGGAUCAUUGUCUUUGUUACAAUUGUAGCAGCUAUUCUCAUAAACCGACUUCUAAACCUCAUUAAAAAACCUUCCUUACCUCUUCCACCUGGCCCAAGCCCAUGGCCUAUCGUCGGAAACCUACCUCACAUGGGCCCAGUCCCACACCACGCCCUAGCCACCUUAGCUCUCAAACACGGCCCUCUCAUGCAUCUUCGAUUAGGUUUUGUAGACGUGAUCGUGGCCGCCUCUGCCUCCGUGGCCGAACAAUUCUUGAAAGUCCAUGAUGCUAAUUUCUCUAGCCGGCCGCCUAACUCCGGCGCUAAAUAUAUUGCUUAUAAUUAUCAAGAUCUUGUUUUUGCUCCCUAUGGACCACGGUGGCGGUUGUUAAGGAAAAUUUCUUACGUUCACCUGUUCUCUUCUAAGGCUUUGGAUGAUUUUAGACACAUACGUCAGGAUGAGGUAGCAAGAUUGAUCCGCAACUUAUCAAAUUCAGGUAGCAAAGCAGCAAACUUAGGACAAAUGUUAAAUGUAUGUACCACAAAUGCAUUAGCUAGGGUAAUGAUAGGACGGCGAGUAUUUAAUGAAGGGAAUGGUGGUUGUGAAUGUGAUCCUAGGGCUGAUGAGUUUAAGUCAAUGGUAGUUGAGCUUAUGGUGUUAGCUGGAGUUUUUAAUAUUGGUGAUUUUGUUCCUUCUUUGGAAUGGUUAGAUAUUCAAGGUGUACAAAGCAAAAUGAAGAAAUUACAUAAAAGGUUUGAUUCAUUUUUAACUAGCAUUAUUGAAGAUCACAUGGUUUCCAAGAGUGAGAAGCAUAAUGACUUGUUGAGUACGUUGUUAUCACUAAAAGAAAAAGUUGAUGAGGAUGGUGAUAAACUUAAUGAUACUGAGAUCAAAGCAUUACUCUUGAACAUGUUCACAGCUGGAACAGAUACAUCAUCAAGCACAACAGAGUGGGCUAUUGCUGAACUAAUAAAAAAUCCAAAACUUAUGAUUCGCAUCCAAAACGAGUUGGACACUGUUGUGGGCCGAGACAGACUUGUAACUGAACAAGAUUUGACACAUCUUCCUUACUUAGAGGCUGUAAUAAAGGAAACAUUUCGUCUUCAUCCAUCAACCCCUCUUUCUCUCCCACGUGUCGCAACAAAUAGUUGUGAAAUCUUCAACUACCAUAUUCCCAAAGGUGCCACUCUAUUGGUCAAUGUUUGGGCCAUAUCACGCGACCCAAAAGAAUGGACUAAUCCAUUAGAGUUUAAGCCCGAAAGGUUUCUCCCUGGUGGUGAGAAGUUUGAUGUUGAUAUCAGGGGAAAUGAUUUUGAGGUUAUACCAUUUGGUGCUGGACGUAGAAUAUGUGCUGGAAUGAGUCUUGGUCUUAGGAUGGUUCAACUUCUCACUGCAACAUUGGCACAUGCAUAUGAUUGGGAGUUGGAGAAUGGGCUAAGUCCUGAAAAACUUAACAUGGAUGAAGCAUAUGGGCUUACUUUACAAAGGGCAGUGCCUAUUUUGGCUCACCCCCGUCCAAGGCUUUCACCACAUUUGUACUUGUAAUCAUCAUGGUUUGGAGUUUAGCUUAAUUCCCCAUGCCUUUAUCCAUCCUUCUAUUAUUGUGGGUACUCUCAAGUCUUAAUAAAGUAAAUAAAAUUGUAUUUUAUCUAGUCUUUAAAUGAGGGUGUAGUUAGUAAUUUUUAGUAUAUUCAAGUUUGUAUGUAUAUAUUGUGAUUGGGCCAUAAAGGACAAAUUCGCUUUGAGACCAUGA